AUGGGGCAACCGACCGAGCCCACUUCUCCCUUGGAACCCUUUCCUGCUGCGACGGUCUCGCCAGGCAUUGAAAUGAGCUCUGUACCCGCCGACAGGAGCGAUAGGAUCGAUAGGAGCGACAACUCGCACACCUACCAGACCUCACAGACCUCGCAGACGUCUCCCACUGCGCCGAGCAACGAUCCCAUCUUCAGCGACCGCCGCAACACCGUCGGCCGCGAGCGACGCGAGUCCGUUGCCGCCCUCAGCAACCCGAACCAGCGGUCCUCCGAAAGCAUCCCGCGCAGGCUGUCCAAGAGCUUUCAGGAGUCCAACCUGCCGCCUGGUUUCCUCGCAGCCACCGCAGACAUGACGUCGACCGUGAUGACGGCGGCGCGCUCGCGGUCCAGCACGGGGCGCACCCGCUCGUCUACCGCCAGCGACCCUGACGAACGUAACAAGGCGCUGCAGCAACAGCGACAGCGGACGCCAUCGAAAGGCGGCGACGGCACACUCGAGACACUCGACGAGCAGAAACACUUCUCGUCUUCAUACCCGAAUGGCAACGCCGACACGAGCAAAACAUACGGCGCCAAUGCGACCGCCGCCGGAGACGCGGAACAGAAAGAGGGCAGUGCUGCUGCCACCCUUGUCCGCCCGACGCUGUCGGCCGACGAAAUACCCCACCAAAACGCAAACGUCAACAGAAACGAAGACGGUGCUGCACCAGGAAGCACACCCCCGGCGAACGUCCUUGCCGAUGCCGACCUGUACAACGACUAUGACAACGGCUACCACUUCCCGCCCAAGUACUCCACGGGCGAGUCGUUCCACCACGGCGCCGUCGCCUUUUGGCAUUAUGCCCGGACACCCAUCGGGUUUCUGGUGGUCCUGUAUGGCCUCAACGUUGUCGCAUGGGGCGGCAUGCUGUUCUUGCUGCUGUGCAAUGCUAGCCCGGCCAUGUGCUACCCGACAUGCAACGACAUCAACUCUCCGCGCCGCAAGUGGAUCGAGGUCGACAGCCAGAUCUUGAACGGCCUCUUCUGCGUCACCGGCUUCGGCCUCGCCCCCUGGCGUUUUCGGGACAUGUACUACUACCUCCAGUGGCGCAUCGGCAAAAAGGAAAAGGGCAUCCGCCGCCUGGCCGGCAUCCACCGCGGCUGGCUGCGCCUGCCGGGCUCGCAGGACCUGCCCAGCACCACGGGCCCGGGCAGCGUGCCCGCCGAAACCCCUUGCAGCGCCAUCCCCUUCCCCGAGUCCAAGAUCCCCGACAAGCCGCUGACCGGCCAGCGGGCACCGCCGACGCGCCACUGGGUCAUUCUCUUUGUCCUGGGCAUGAACAUUGCCAACACGUUUCUGCAAGCCGUCCUGGCCGGCUUCAUGUGGGGCAUGAACCGGUACGACCGGCCUUCGUGGUCGACGGGCCUGUUUGUCGCCCUCGGCUGCAUGGCAGGCGCCCUCGGCGGUCUCGGCAUGUUUUUCGAAGGCAAGCGGGUCAAGGGUAUCGAGGGCGUGCCGCUGACGGACGAGGACCGCGCCAAGCUGGCCCACGACCGCGAGCUCGGCAUCUACCACUACAACAACCUCAAGGGCAAGCGGCCCAAGGACGACAAGCACACGCCCGACCUUGAGGCGGGGAAGACGUAG